AUGACAGAUCGCCUAUAUCUCAAAAUAGUGAUAGUGAUUCUUGUAUGGAUGAGCUCGAUGCAAUACACCCCCCCUCGCCUUCUUGCCCUGCCAGUGCCCCACUCUACUCGUUAUAGUGAAUCAAGUGAGGAUUUAGUCUCUUUAUCAAGAGGGAAGAAAGCUAUUGGGUGUAGAUGGGCGUUUACUUUGAAGCACAAAGCUGAUGGUUCCAUCGAUCGUUACAAGCCUAGAUUUGUAGUAAAGGGUUAUACUCAAACCUAUGGAGUGGAUUAUUUGGAGACCUUUGCUCCAGUAGCAAAGCUCAAUACUGUGUGUGUGCUCUUGUCCCUAGCUACUAAUCGUAACUGGCCCUUCUUACAGUUUGAUGUAAAGAAUGCAUUCCUACAUGGUGACCUCAAGGAAGAAAUAUACAUGGAUCUUCCUCCUGGUAUUCAUAUGACCUUCAAAGAGGGUGUUGUGUUCAGUGUAGUGAGUCAAUUUAUGCAUUCUCCUAGUAAAGAUCAUAUGGGUGUUGUGAUGCGUAUUUUGAGGAAUCUAAAAGUUGGUUCAGUCACUGAUAGACGUUCUACGUUUGGGUAUUUCACAUUUGUUAGUGGUAAUCUUGUUACUUGGAUGAGUAAAAAGCAAAAAGUGGUGUCUCAGUCUAGUGCCGAAGUUGAGUAUCGUGGGAUGGCUCAAGGUGUGUGCAAGUUACUAUGGUUAAGGAGAUUGUUGAGAGAUCUUCGGUUUGCGCCCCAGAAACCCAUGGAUUUGUAUUGUGAUAACAAAGCUGCAAUUGUGAUUGCUUAUAACCCUGUGCAACAUGAUCGUACAAAGCACGUGGAGGUUGAUCGACAUUUUAUUAAAGAGAACGUGGAUGCUGAGAUUGUUUCUUUUCCGUUUAUAUCAUCUGAAUAUCAAUUGGUAGAUGUACUUACGAAAGCUGUGUCUACUACUGUUUUUCUUAACUUGCUUGACAAGUUGGGCAUGCACUCCAACUUGAUAGGGAGUGUUAGCGAGAUCCUAGCUUAA